UUCUGUUUACACACCCACAGCUUAAAGGAGGCGACCUGCGCUUGACUUUUUAUCACUCCAACGCCGUCCUAUGGACAGGUUGGCCCCUUCACCUGCUGAAGGCCACUUGUGUUGUGGCCGAAACGUCGUGAUUUUUGUUUAUUUUUUCACCUACGUGACUUUACCGAAUAGAACCAAAGUGUAUGGUUACGUCAUCUUCCCAAUCACUUGGCGUGGAUUGGAGAAAGCCAGAGGGAAGUAGUGAGUGAGCGAGGCGAGUGACGUCAUGUAAUUCAACGGUGACAACGUCAUCUGCUCUCCGUGCGAAGGAGGAGUGGGCGGGGGGGUUGGUGUAGAGGGCAGUGCGAGUGGAGUGGUGAGCGGAGUGGUGAGCGGAGCGGUCGCGUUAGCGCGCGGCUCCGAGGACGAUCAGCAAGGAGGGACGAGGGGCGAUGGCGGCGCCGCGCAGGACCAAGCAGCAGAGGGACGAGGCGGCGGAGGACGAGUGGACGGCGCGCCACGGGGGGGGUGCCGCGUUGAUCCCGGGCCCAGGGGCCCUGCGACCCGUGGGCCCUGGCGCCAGGCGCUCCGUGCUGCUCGUCAAGCUCACGGACUCGGCGCUGAGGGUCUUGGAGGCGGCGCCCGGCCAGCGGGGAGCCUCAUGCCCACAGCCAAAGAUCUGUCUGGGAGGAGACAAGGGGUACAUGAAGAUCCCUGUGCCGCUGUCCGAAAGCCCCAGCGGCUUCCGCACCUUCUCCAUCUACCGCUCGCGGGACGGGGCUCAGGGCACCUUUGACUGUGUGCACCAGCACGUGGACUGGCUGGGCGUGCCGCGGCUGGACUGCGUGGGCACCGUGCAGGAGAAGCUGACGAUCUGCGCCACGGACGACUCGUACCAGGCGACGCGCGAGCGCAUGACGCAGGCCGAGGAGGAGACGCGCAGCCGCGGCGCCAUCGUCAUCAAACCCGGCGGCCCCUUCAACGGCAAGAGAACCGUUCGGAGGUUGCCGCCCGAGUUGAUGGACCUCGCUCCAGGGCGCAAGCGGUCGGCCCCGCUCAACCCAGCUAACACCCUGCGCAAGGCCCCGGCCGCCGGCACUACCAGCGCUGCCGCCGCCGCAACCGCCGCUGCGCUCCGUCCGGCUUCCCCUGUGGCCGCCGCUGCCGCCGCCGCCGCCGCCGCCUCGGGCCCUGCGGAGGCCCUGCGGCGCCCCAUGCGCGAGCGUGUGGUGCACUUCCUGGCGCUGCGGCCCUGCAAAAAAGCCGAGCUGGUGGCGCGGCUAGAGAGGGACGGUGGUGGCGUUGGUGGUGGUGGGCAGUGUGACCGUUCGCAAGUGUUCGCUAUCCUGGAGCAGGUGGCGGCACCAAGGGGCCAGGAUGGCCGGCACCAACUGAAGGAGGCGGCCUAUGCGGAGGUGCGGCAGGACUGGCCGGGUUACUCGCCGGAGGAGCGGCGCGCCGUGCAGGCCCUGCUCUCUCGGAGAGCGACGCAGCAGCAUCCCCCCCCCUCAGGCCUAUCCCACAAUGCACCGCAACCUCGACUUAGUCCUGCCGCGGAGGCUAGCCGACCACCCAACCACACAGCCCAGAAACGGCCACAUACCUCCACCGAGGAGGACGCGGAGCCGUCGCUGGGGGGGCAGCAGCAGCAGCAGAAAAUGUCGCAGAACGGCACCAAGAAGCCACGCGUGUCCCACCUGACGAGCCGCGUUCCCCCCACGCACUGCGAUCGCCCGGAACCGCCGCGGCGGGAGAAGGACGAGGGAGUGGCGGCGGCGGCGGCCGCGGCGCCACCGUGCCAGCCCCUGCCCGACACUGCGCGGAGGAAGAUGAAGAAGCGCAAGGAGAAGGAGCGGGAGAGGGAAACGCCAGCGGGCAAGGAGAUGCCGGGGGGCGCGGCGACGAAGCAAGGAGACGCGGGGAUGAAGCAGGGAGACGCGGGGACAUCGGAGGAUAGGAUCGUGCAGAGGGGCAGAGAGAGGCAGAUGGACACGGGGAUGCAGAGGGACAGGGGCAUGCAGAGGGACAGAGAGAGGGAGAUGGACAUGUGGAUGCAGAGAGACAAAGGGACACAGGGACACAGGGAUAUGCAGAGGGACAAAGAGGUGCAAAGGGACAAGGAUGCGCAGAGGGAAAAAGAGAUGCAGAUGAUCAGGGCGACACAGGGAGACAAGGAGCUGCUGAAUGACAGAGAGACAAAGAGGGUCACGGAGACACAGAGAGAAAGGGAGACUAGUAAAGACAUGGAAACACAGAGAAACGUCGACACAAAUAGAGACCAGGAGACACAGAGAGACAGAGAUAGACAGAGGGACACGGAGACUCAGAGGGAAACCGUGGCACAGAGGGAAGCGGAAACACAGAAAGAUAGAGAGACACAGAGGGAGAGUGAUCGGGAAAGAGAACGGAACAGGGAGAGACAGAGAGACAGGGAGCAAGAGAGGCAGCGGCAGAGAUAUCGCGACUUGGAGAGAGACAAACAGAGGGAGAGGGACCGGGAGAGGGCGAGACAAGAGGAGAGAGACAAACAGCAAGAGAGGGAGAGGCAGGCGGAGAAAGACAAACAGCAAGAGAGGGAGAGGCAGGCGGAGGAGGAGAGAGACAAACAGCAAGAGAGGGAGAAGCAGGAGGAGAGAGACAAACAGAGAGAGAGGGAGAGGCAGGAGGAGAGAGACAAACAGAGAGAGAGGGAGAGGCAGGAGAUAGAAAAGAGGAGGGAGCAAGAAAACUCAAAAGCCGUGACAAGGCCUGCAGAGGAGAUGGAAGUGGAUUCGCAAGGAGUGUCUGAGGAAGAGAUGCAGUACAAGAAGUUCAAAAUGGACUCCAGAGCAGCAGACAAACCGGAGCUGAAACCAGAACAUCCCUCGAGCGCGGCGAGCAACCCGGACUACAAACUGGAUUACGUGCCGAUCGUGACGCCGGAGCAGAGGCAGCGCUACGAGGCCGACUUCAGCAGCGAGUUCUCCGAGUACCGGCGGCUGCACCGGCGCAUCGACACCGUGAAGCGGCGCUUCGAGCAGCUGCAGCACAAGAUGCACGCCCUCGCCCCGGACUCGCGGGAGCAGCAGGUCAUCCGGAAGCAGGUGGUGCAGGAGUACAGCAAAGUGAAGAAGACCAACCCUGACUACCAGCAGGAGAAGCGACGCUGCGAGUACCUGCACUCCAAGCUGGCGCACAUCAAGCAACUCAUCACGGACUACGACCAGUCCUCGUAGCCGAGCCACCGCCCGCGGAUAGCGUCUCUCUCCUGCUCGUGCCACCAGCAAGUGACUACCGGCCACGCCGCCACCACCACCACCACCACCACCACUUCCUCCUCGCCUACAGCACCACCACUCCCAAAAGGAAGUUAUCACCACCAAUCAACCCAAAUCUGUCAGCCACACGGCCACCACCACAAACACAACCACGUGUCCACCAGCGCCAGCAUCAACACCAGCCACUUACCUACAUAUGUAUGUUGAACUUCUUUCGCACUGUACGUAGUGAACCGUGCUAAUCGGAGGUGCGGUGGUGGUGUUUGCUCCCAUGAGAUAUCGCGACCUGAUGUGCGGAUGUCCCUGCAAGUAACGUAGGGCUGAGUGGUGGUGUUUAAUUGAUUGUAUGCGUGUGUGCAAAUGCAAGUGUGUAAGUGAGGGAACUCCCACGCUCUCAAACCGACGAGUCUUAAAUCUCCGCCGUUCACCGGCAAACCUUAGCCAUUCCCGUUAACCGAAAACUCUUGAGCAAGCUUCACAAGCUGUAUUUUUGUCCCACUACGCUAAAAGAAAAAACACCUUUACACGUCCCUGUCUCCCCUGUAUUGCUGUCAAUCGCUCUCGCCAGAUGCAGCCGCGUAAAUAGGGCCUGCGCCAUCGAGCAUUAUUGCAAACCCCCUUCGCGCGUGCCCCAGGGGCGGCGUUUUUCUUUUCCCGACGCGGUGUCGCCGUUCUGUCUCCGCGCGAACGAGACGGGAAGUUGUAGAACAAUCGGAGCGAUCGCGGAGUGGCGACGCGGCCGGGCCGGCGACGCGGCCGGGCCGGCGACGCGGCCGGGCCGGCCACUCGGCCCCUUUCACGCGGCGCAAAAUCCGCAGCGUGAAAAUGAAUUAGCGGCUCUCUCCAUUUGGGCACGAAGCCCCCGCACGCGCUUGUUGAGCGUUUCGCUCCCUGAAGAAGAAGCUCCCAGCGCCCGGAGGCGAAACGUCGGACAUCGUCCCAGCCCACACUGGGGGCACGGCCGAUUUGAAUCAAACUUGCGCCGUUGCUUUCCGACUGCCACGGCCGCUGGAGGUGGAAUCGAACCGGCGACUUCCGGGUUGCGAGUCGCGGCGUUGCUGCCGACCGUUACACCGCCAGCGGCAGCUCCCUUCGUUUCCCUGUUGAAAGUGUCAAAAGUUUUAGGUUCAUCCGUCGAGAAUAUCUCUUGUAGGUUCGACUUAAACCGGUUUAUACACUGGGUUGCCUCCCGCGGCUAUCGGAAGUAUUCGCCGUGCACGCGAGAGCCGGCAGGAUGUUUCCGCCGAUGCUUGCGGUCAGUUUGGGUGGUCAGUGCCAAGCAGGGUGAGGCUUGAGGGGGAGGAGGAGGAGUGAGUAGAAGGACAGGAAGUGGGGGGGGGGGUGCCGGUACCUCCUCGCUCGCCUCCCCCCCCUACCGACCCCCCUGCUGCUCCCCUCACCCCACAGAGAAGCUCACCGCCACCACCACCAUCGCGGCUGGCUCAAUCGCGAUUAACCAAUUGGGCGGCGCCAAUUACUUUAUUAUUUUUGUUUACACGGGAAAGCAUCACCGAGUCCCGUGACUCUCUUUCAGGGGGUUCCUGUCCGCGUUGUCACUGUAGGGGCGGGUGGGGUGUUGGCAGCGGUGUGAAUUUUGGAAAAAUUUUGAGCACCCGGUGCCGUUGCCGGUGGAUCCAGAACGAACGCCCGCCGUCAUUAUUAACGCGACCGCGGUAAUAACCAGGGUGGCCCGCUGGAGCCGAACUGCCAACCUCCGCGACAAGCACCGCUCGAACCGUCGGUCCUCCACCACCCCCCACCCCCAUUUUGAGGACCUUCACAAAGCGGCACCGACCCGCGUGGUGAAGUACGGUCGCCUUGCACGGUCUGCCAUCGCGAGACCGUCGCAAGAGGUGACGGCAGCAUGAUGGGGGGGGGAGGGUGGGGUUGGUCGCCAUACAACCAGCAGUGGAUAAACAAAGGGCUUUCAGUUAUUAUUACGAUGACACUGUGUGUUUCGAGCCAACCUGACACUCGUUUAGACGUGUGUACUGUACGAGCCCGGGUCUCUCUUGCGAGAGAGACUUGCGUCACAAGAGGAGCUUCUGCAUUUGCCUGAUGAAACUACUACCUAGAGCGUGCGUCCUGCUGCCACAUGCACGCAAACACAUUCACGCUCUUAACACUGCGCGCAUGUGUAUGUACGUGCAAAUGUGCGCACACACUCGCAUUGCUGUGUGUGUGUGUGUACAUGGGCACAUGUGCACACUCGUAACACCGCGCGUGUGUAUGUGUGCGCACACGUGCACACACUCGCAGUGUUAAGAGUGUGUGUACAUGUGUAUACGUACACACAAAACACUGCAUGUGCGUGUACAUGAGCACAUAUACAACCACACCUGACACUGCGUGUGCAUGUACAUGUCCAAAGACAAAAGAUUCCCUGUAUAGCCUUCAGAUGGCAGGCUGCUGGGGCAAGUGCUGUUUGCGAGCGCCUAUUUAGGUGUAUACACGCGCACACACGUUUGCACACAUGCAACAUUGCGCAUGUACGCACGCACACGCGAACAACUACAGCAUACCAAGUACUGUAUCCGAGUCUGUGUUACGUCGCCUACGACAGUAUAUAUAUGCAUAAAGACAGUAUAUAUAUUUUAUUAACUUUUUUGGACUACAACGAAUGGUGCCUUCGCACGGUGCACUUUCCAGCGAGGUGGAACUGAGACCCCCCACGAAUUCUGAAACCCCCGUCUCCUCCACCCUGGGGGACCCCGGUCGGAUUCUCCGGGCGAGGUGACUCGCCAGAGCCGGUUGCCUAUCCUCCGCCUCCUCACUUGGUCCGGGUCGCCCCCCUUCACUCAACCCCCCCCCCAGGAAAGCCGGUCCUUCACCGCUCCGACAGUCAGUGCCACAACAGCCGUCCGGCUCUGUGUGACCCCCCCCCCCCCACUGCAUUGCCCCUCACGCGUAGGUCAUAGCCCCCCGGCGACGGUCGGAGAAAGUUGCCGAUCUGGCGUGUGGAACGUUUGAAUGUUUAACCUAAAAUUCACUGGGUGCCAAUUUCCCCCCAUCCCCCCCCCCCCUCCCCCACUUCGACUGUGCGAUCGGAGCGAGUGUGAUUUAUUUAAAGAAUACGAAUGAGAAUCGUGAAACGCGACGAGCCUUUUGCCUGGUAGCUGCGCGCGAGCCCUGCGUGUGUCCCCGGGGCGGCGGGGGGGGGGGGAGGCGGGGGUGACCAGUCCCUGUCGUCAGCGCAUCGCCUUUGUUUCAUGAAUAAUAAACGAGGGACUGAAUGUAAAAGAGUUUGUUUUUGUCCCACGGGAAAGGUUGCAAUAGGUACAACGGAAAGUCGUGCAGCUGCUUCUAGUAGGGCUUGCUGCAACGCUUUUUGAGUGAUAACAUGGACAGAGACGGGAGGAAGGCAGGCAACGAUCGUUUUUGAGGAAGGAUAAUGGGCCGGCACGUGGAGAGUUUCAUAAUUGAAGCAUCGCAGCGCUUGCUUGGGCACGGGGGGGAGCUCGAGGUCAAUGCGCAGCUACAAGAUAAGAGCUGCUCGAUGUUGGGAUUGUGUGUAACUUUAGUAAGAGAUCUAAAGUGUAACAAAUAUAUGCGUGUGUGUGUGUGAGAGUGUCUGCCCCGUGAGCGGUAGUGCAGCGGUUAGCGCGCUGCACUACGAACCCGGCCACCCAAGUUCGAUUGCCGCUCACAGCCAACACCAGUGACGAU